UGCCCUCGCGAAUACAAAAAUGGAAAUAGGGGAGAAGACGCGAAGGGCGAUGAAUGAACGCCGGGUUCUGGCACGGUGACCUUAGCUCCUACGCACACCGACUCUCGAACCGUCUACACUGCUUCUGUCGAAGCUGAUGUAGCCGGCGUGACUAGCGUGGCGAGUGCACAUGCAAAGCAAGAGCUGACACCUGCAGGAGUGGAGGUGGCCAUGGGCAGGAGAAAAGGCUUGACUGGCUCCAGCCUCAGCUACACAACUGUGCGGAACGAAGCGCUCAAGUCGGGCCAGCCCUUUGUCGACCCAUCAUUCCCGGCUGAUGCCUCAUCUAUUUACGUCAGAGGCCAGGGUUCACAAGUACAGUGGAGACGACCCUCGGAGUUGUGUUCGCAGCCACGGCUGUUUGCGGACAGCAUUGCCAGCAGUAGCGUCUGCCACAGUCGGCCAGCAAAUGCCUGGUUUAUCACUGUCUGCACAGUUCUCAUCCACGACCAAGAGCUGCUUGCCAAGGUGUUUCCCGAUGCCAAGAAGCAGGAGUGGCGUGCAGGGAAGAAACACCCCGGCGUGUUCCGUUUCUGUUUCUGGCUGUUGGGUAGCUGGAUCGAGGUGCUCGUGGACGACCACCUGCCAGUCGUGGAGGGCACGCUGUACGGCUGCCGGUCACAGGCCGCCUCGGAGUUCUGGGCCCCCCUCCUGGAGAAGGCCUACGCCAAGUUCCUGGGCUGCUAUGAACUUUUGGAAGCAUGCAGCCUGUCUGACGCACUGGUGGACAUGACGGGAGCUGCGGCUGAGCACCUGGAGUUGGCUGUGGGCGGCUACGCACGGGACCCGGCACUGCAGGAGCAGCUUUUUUCCAAGAUGCUGACUCUCCUGGACAAUUCCUGCCAGGCUGUUGUUGUUUGCUGUGCUAUCUCGGUGGAGCAUGCCGACGAGAUGGGUAGUACAACAUCUGAUGGUCUGCUCAGGGGCCACGCCUACCAGGUGGUGUGUGCCCGAGAGGUGGCUUCUACAGAUGUGCCUUCCUGGCAGGAAUUGUUCCGCAACCGACCGCAGCUGCGCAUGCUUUGUCUGCGCAAUCCAUGGCAUCAUCAGGCAUCAGCAUGGACGGGCAUGCUGGGUCAUUGGUCAGCCGAGUGGUCCAGUCUCUCAGAACCAGAAAAAACCAAGCUUGGCAUCCGCCCGUCUGAUGAACAAGAAUUUUGGAUUCCCUUGGAAGACUUUGCGGGGGCGUUCACGGAUAUGUGUGUGUGCUAUGUGCCAGGCCGUGGUGGGUGGCGAGAGGAGAGCUUUCCGGGUGAGUGGACCGUUGGGGAGCGUGGCAGUGCCAUGGAUCGUGCGGGUGGCUGCAUCAACCACCGGUCCAGCUUCCUUCGCAACCCACAGUAUCGCUUGGACGUGGUGGAAGACGGAACGGUGGCUGUGCUGGCCUACCUGCUACAGGACAGCUCAAGCGCGGAGGGAUCUACGGGGCACUUCGCCAUUGGCAUGCACAUCAUGCAGAUGGAGGUGAACCGCCAGUUUCGGGUGCAUGUGAUCAAGGCCAAAGUGUGCAGCUCGGAGUAUGUGCGUGCCCGGGGUGUGUUCCUCGAGUGCAGCCUGCAGCGCGGCCGCUACUGUCUCUUGCCGACCACUUUUGAGCCGGGCCAAGCACGGCGUUUCCUCCUGCGCCUGUUCUGUCGUAGCACACUGGAUGCCAGGGAACUGCAGAAGGAUGUGCCAAGUGCCAAGCUCCUUCCUUGCCAAAGCAUGCCAGCUUUGGCUACCGUAAUUCGUGUCAUUGGAGCCAAACACCUCGAGCAACAAGACCCUUUUGGUUUGGCAGACCCAUACUGUGUGUUGCUGUGUGAGGGCCAGUCAGUGCGUUCGUCUGUUUGCCGGGGCACACUGGACCCAACGUGGAAUAUCAGUGUCCUCUUCUACCGCAAGGAUGCCUCGACACCUAUUAAGAUUCAGGUGUGGAACAGUCACCUGAUGAUGGAUGCAUACAUGGCAAAGGCAUACGUCGAUGCCCCACUGGGCGUCGAGCGACAGACGCUGGAAGUGCCACUUGUGGGACAUCGGAACCGGCCGGCCAGCGGAACCGAUGGCAGCUUGGGAACUCUGUUUGUCGAGGUCACUACCACUGACGACUUGCUUGGUGUCUGAGCCAGUGAAACUGUAUGUGCUUCCAUCCCUGCAGCUAGGGUUGAAACAGCUCAACAAAGGUGCUUAUGGCCAAAGGUUACAUGUUAAUCGGGUGCGUGCCCAUGAAAUCGAAUCGUUGGCAUCUUUCGUGCAGUGGCACCACUAUAGUGCAUUGUUCCUGUAGUGAAAACGUGAUUAAAGUGUUUAUUGUGAAAGUGUACAAACACUACAGAGUAUGUCUCAUACUAUGAGUAGGGCUCUGUGUUUUUGGAAUAAUGUGAAGAAAUACGGUAAACACUCGUCAAUAAAGGUUUUUAUCAUUCAUAUUUAUACGAUAAACUUCGAUAUUAAAGGAGCAUUUUCAAA